GAUCAAUCUGAAUGUGUAUCCUGCAAACUUGAACCCUCUGUCGAAACGACCACUUGACCAAGUGAUGCUGAAAUGAGAAGAGCUGUCAUCAACUGCCAUCGGCCAUCCUUCAGGUCGCUACAUGGUGAUUCUUAGCUUGCUAUACGUUGAAACUAACAAAAGUGCCAAGAGCUCGCAUAGACUUUAAAUACAUUCGAGACAAUGCUAGUGCCGUCGCUCGCAACUGCAAGCAGCGCAAUCUGCCCAUCAAACGAGAACAAGUGGAUGCUAUCAUCGAAAAGUAUACUGGGUUUGUCAGUAAGACAGCCGAGCUGAAUACCGCUCUUGCCAAGCGUAAUGCUUUGUCGUCGAGUAUCAAGUCAGCCAAGCCGGAGCAGAGGCAGGCUCUCGUUGAAGAAGCGGCAGCCUUGAAGCCAGCUAUCCAAGCCUUAGAACAAGAAGUAUCGACAAUCGAAGGAGAAAUGGUUCAGCUGGCCUACGUACUACCAAACACGAGCCAUCCUGAGACACCCAUCGGCAAUGAAAGUCGCGUCAAAAUUCUUGAUUACAUCAAUGAAGAGAACCAGUACAAGGGCAAGGAAAGACCGCUUGAUCAUGUCGAAGUGAGCAGCAAGCUUGAUCUUGUCGACUUUGAUGCUGCAUCCAAAACCUCAGGAACCGGUUUUUACUACUUGAAGAAUGAAGCAGUUGAACUGGAGCUUGCCUUGACGCAGUACGCACUCGCAAAAGCCAAAGAGGCAGGCUUCAAGCUUCUGAGAUGCCCGGAUCUGGUACGCUCAGAGUUUGUUCCUGCUUGUGGCUUCCAGCCUCGGGACCAAGCAGGUCAACAAAUCUAUGAAAUCUCGUCAGACAAUGAACCCUCGAGGCUAUCGUUGGUAGGUACAGCAGAAAUUCCUAUCGCUGCGCUCGCUGUUGACAAGGUCUUCACACCGGGACAGCUACCCAUGCGCUAUGCUGCUGUUGGCCGUGCCUUUCGUGCUGAAGCAGGUGCUCGAGGCGCCGACACACGCGGUCUAUACCGUGUCCAUGAAUUCACCAAGAUUGAGCUUUUCUCCUUUUCUGAGCAGCAAUCCUCUCAAGCAGAGUUUGAGGCGAUCGUCAAACUUCAAAAGCAAAUCAUCAAGGAGCUCGGCUUAUGCGCGCGUCUUCUUGAGAUGCCCACUGAAGAACUAGGUGCAUCAGCGCAUCGCAAAGUGGACAUUGAGUGUUGGAUACCGUCGCGUGAUGGAUGGGGUGAAGUGACAUCUGCUUCCAAUUGCACAGACUACCAAGCAAGACGACUCAACGCGCGCUACAAAGUGGCUGAGGGCAUGCGGUUUCUACACACAAUCAACGGCACGGCAAUCGCGGUACCACGCAUCCUGGUGGCAGGUCUCGAAAAUUGGUACAAGAAUGGUAUGGUCCGGAUACCGCGUUGCUUGAGACCGUACAUGGGUGGCAUCAAGGAGUUUGGAAUUGGUUCUGAUGGAGCUGAUAUUGUUACUUCUGGAGUGAAUACUAAGACUGCAGCAGUGGAUACGUAGCUUAAAAGAUCUUCAUCUUGUUGGGUCGGAUACGUGGUGCAAGGCCAGCGAGAAUGAGGGCAUCAAAGAGAAGCCAGACCCAGAGAACCCUGAUCUUUCCCAAAAACCAGUCAGAUUGAGUGCCCAAUGUGACUGUUGUCAGGACAAGAGCAGAGAGCACAUAACCGAAUGCUCGAUGGUACUUGUAGAGCGCCUUGGCUUUUGUUUCGCCACCAAGCCAAUUGGGCAGCCAGAACAUGCCUGCGCCGACAAGCACUUGCGUAGAUAAAAGGAGGGCAGUAGUCAAGCCAAAUUUGCCAUGCCAGGUUGUGUAGUGUGCAGCACCGU